AUGGCGUCGGGGUGCAAUUCGAAAGUCGAAUCCACCACCGAUAGUCGAGAAAUCGGUAACCGGUUAGACCAAGGGGCUAUACAGGGUCUGUGCAGCAGUGGACUAUCUUCUCAUGCCCUUUCCCUCCAGCGCUCUGCCGUUGCGUACUACUGUAGCUCAUACUUCCAUAAUAAUGUCAUCCAGCAGGGAUUAGACGUCUUCGGAAAGUCGAGCUAUAUCGACUGGAUGGCAUUUACUCCAGACCUUGAUGUAGACGAGCCAAGUCUGAAGUCGGCUUUACUGGCACUUGGUGCGGCCCGAAUGGGUCGCCUUUCCCAGGAUUCUCGUUUGACUCGUUUAAGCUCCGAAUCAUAUUCGCAAACACUGCGGCAUCUUCACAGAGCUAUUCAGAAUGGAACCCAGGGCCUCCGAGAUGAGACCCUAGCAAGCAUGAUGUUCUUAGCCAUCUAUGAGGCAAGAUCCCCUUCCCAUUGGUGGUUGUGUUCUUGCUAA